CCAUUCUUUCCGGUCCGCCGGAUUAUGAAUGAUUGCGGGGGCCGCAGUUUCCCUGGUGCGGUCUUCGUUGUUUCUCUCCCGGCUUCGUUGGCUGCGUGUGGCCCGCGGGCGAAGACUUCCUGAAGUGGCCUCGGGAAGCCCGGCUCGGGCGGGGCGGGAAUGCGCUAGCGGUCCGUGUCACCCACACGCUCACGCACCCUCCCUGCCUGGCCGCGCCUCUGCGACCAGGUAACCCAAUGAAAGAAGAAAAUGAAAGGCAUUAAGAAAAGUCUUACAGAAGAAUAUCUAUACUUGGACCUUUCUCACCAAAAAGAAGGGUGCAUCUUUCCUCUUCAUACAUCUAUAACUUUAUUUUUGUUAUCAUACUGUGACUGCAAAAUCUUUAAAGUUUGCUUAGUCCUCACUGAAGAAAGCACAGGUAUUUCACUACUUAAAAAUGUACUGUCUGAGGAUGUUGAAAUACAGAUUAUUUCAAGGCAAGAGCUUCCACCAAUAGUCCAGAAUUGCUGUUUACCUGCGGUAGUAGAAAGACCAGACAAUUUCUGUAGAGCAGGACUUGCUGUUGUUCUGAGACACAUAAUCCAGAAAUCAUAUGAAGCAGACCCCUCAAAGAAGGAAAUUUUGGAACUUCUGGGUUUUAAGAAGACUUGCUUGAAAGCCUGUGCUGAAGUUAGUCAGUGGACCAGGCUAUGCGAACUUACCAUCCCUUUAGCUAUUGAGAAUUUUCUCAAAGAAUCUUCUGACCAGCCCCCAACUAUCCCUGCCGAAAUACUAGAGCUUGAGAAGAAGCUUAGUGAGCCCGUUAGGGUACAUAAUGAUGACAAACUCCGGCGGCAGAAGCUGAAGCAGCAGAAGGCUGCUGGGGUUAGGCCUUCCCUUGAUAAGGAAGAAAUGAAGAGCAAGGCCCAUAGACAGGAAACAUCUGAAGAGGUGGACUCUUCGUCGGCGAGCCUGGAACUGAGAGUGGCGUUCUCAGAGCUCACAGUACGUGAGGAACCAGCUCCUGCCAACAGGGAGCCUGCUCACGUCAGAAAAGCGAGAGCCUCUGACCUUCCCCCGCUGGACCAUGUGUUUGUGGAAGGCCUGUACUUCACUUUGGCAGAUAUUGUGCUCUUGCCCUGUAUCCAUCAUUUUUUGGUAAUUAUCUGCAAGAAACUUUCUGAAAAGCUGGUAGAAUUUCCACUGCUGGCUGCCUGGUACCAGAGAAUUCAGGAAGUGCCAAGAGUAAAAACAACAGCUUCUCAGUGUGGGAUCCAAUUUCUCCAUUUACCAGAAUUACAGACCACCUCGAAUGAACAGCAGCCAAGCUUAGAUGAGGUCCCAUGUGUAGAGGAGCAAAAUGAUCCUUCAUUUAUAGGAGGACCAAGACCCACUAUGACGAAGUUAAUGGAAAAAGGCAUUGAAGUGAUGUUUUCUCCCCACCCUUGCCCUACUUGGACCCUUGAUUGGGAUACUCUUCCUGCAGCAGUGAGCCCAAAGGAAGGUAAAAUGUCCAGUGAUCGAGCUUUGAGGAAGCAGCAACAGUUAAACAACCUUGUUUAUGUGGUGACAAAUCAGGCCAAACCUGGUGACAGAAUUGUGGAUUUCUGCAGCGGCGGGGGCCAUGUUGGGAUUGUCCUUGCUCACAUGCUGCCAUCAUGCCAGGUUACAUUAAUAGAAAACAAGGAAUUAUCAUUAAUUCGUGCUAAGAAGAGAAGUGACGAACUAGGGUUAAGCAACAUUUGGUUCAUUCAAGCAAAUAUGGAGUAUUUUACAGGGACAUUUAAUAUUGGGGUGGCGUUGCAUGCUUGUGGAGUGGCAACAGACAUGGUGAUUGAGCACUGCAUCAAAACACGGGCUUCCUUUGUCACGUGCCCUUGCUGUUAUGGUUUCAUUCAGAACACCUCAAAGUUUAAUUUUCCAAAAAGUGAACAAUUCAAGAAAACUUUAUCAUACAAGGAACACAUGAUUCUAUGCAGAUUUGCAGAUCAGACAGCUGUCCAGCUUCCACCCCAACGAAGGCUCAUAGGAAAACAGUGCAUGUUCCUGGUGGAUCUGGAUCGAGCAAGAGCUGCAGAAGAAUGUGGCUACUCCAUCCAAGUGAUAUCCAUGGAGCCAGAGAGCUGCUCUCCCAAAAAUAACAUGAUCGUGGGAGUCCCCAUUUAGCAUGAGAUAUUCCACGUUUGAUGUUUUGCCAUCCGUCUCUGUGAUGAAAGCCCAGUGGCAUUCAGGAGGGUCUUGGCAUAACUAGGAGACAGCAUUAGCCAUCUUGAACCUAUUGUGCUCAGGAAAGAACACAGCAGGAAAGUCUUGGAGGAAGGCUGCCUGCAAAGUGUCACAAAUGCUCUUGUAAUUGUGAUUAAAGGACUGCUGGUUUUCAUAGUGAGAAUCCCCUGAAGCCUCAGCUGCCAGCAGAGUGAUACUCACGAGAGGAGUUUCCGUUACUGGAAUAACGAUUUCUCUCUCAGUUCGCAGCUUUUCUGAUCUUGCCAGUGUGGGGUUCAGUUCAAAAGAAUGUACUUGCAGCCUUAAAAUCAUUUAGAGAUUCAAGUGGAGACCAAAACUAGACUCAGUGGGGUUUGUUGGUUGGUUGGUUGGUUGGUUUUUUAUAUUUUUAGCAAUUGUACUUUUUAAAUAAUUUUUUCAAAAAUCUAGUCAGAUAGUUACAGUAUGCUUAUAUUUUUAAGCCGGGGU